UAUUUGGUGUUACUCACCUCACGUACCCACCAAAUUGUACCAUCCAAUUUGGUGAAAAAAUUGAUCUUUCGGGCAGAACAGCGUGUGUUGGGAAGAUGAAGAUGAAGGGGGUGUUGUGGGUUGUAGUUGUAACAGUGGUGGUUGCAGCAUGGAUUCCCCUUUCACACUGUUCAAAGAAACCGGUGGGGGUGGCUAGAAAGGAGGACAUUCCGUACAUCAAGUGUCAAGUGUGUGAGAAGCUCGCUAAAGAGUUGUAUCAGCAGGUUCAAAACAAGCAAGCUGAGAUCGCUCCCAAAAAGAUCUCGGAGUACCAAAUCAUUGAGAUAGCGGAGAAUGUUUGUAAUCUGAAAAAGGUAGAAGCGGAUUGGAUAUUGCGCAUAGAUAUUGUGGAGAAAGAAGAUAGGCUGGAGCUGGUGGAACAAGACUCUGAAGGACAAUGUAAUUCUGAAUGCAAGACAAUUGAGCGAGCCUGUCAAGAGGUCAUAGGAUAUUCUGAUACCGAUGUUGCCGAAUAUUUAUAUAAUUCCAAGCCUGAUAUUGAUUCAUUGCGCAAUUAUCUCUGCAAAGAUCUUUCUAAAGCAUGCAGUAGCAAGCCACCUCCUGUCCCUAAGGACAGGGCUCCUGGUGAACCAUUUGUUGCAAAGUCUUCCAAGGAGGCUGAAAUGGAAAAGCUACUAAAAUCUAUGGAGGGCAUGCCAGGAGCACCCGGCAUGAAAAUGUACUCAAGAGAUGAUUUAAUGAACAUGAAGAAUUUUGGUGGUGAAGAUGGCGAUGAAGAAGAUGAGGAUGAUGAUGAUGAUGAGGCCAGCUUCCCAUCGAAAUUGGGAAAUGUUUUGAGAGCAAAAGAAAGUGGAAAAAGAGACUGGAAACAAAUGGUAAAAAAGGGAAUUGAGGACGCAAGCAUGACACUGAAGAAACAUGCAAACAAAGUUUCUAACCAUAUACGACAGUGGUGGAGGGGAAAGAGGAGAACCAAUUCAAAGAAAGGAGGGAAGACAGAACUUUAGUGCUGAUAAUCUAUCUCCUGAUAGUUGAACAAUUGCACAACAUUUCCACCACGUUGGGUUAUUGAUAUUACUACACCAAAGAUGGACAAGAAUUUAGAAGGGAAUCAAAUGAGAACUUCACAAUCACCACUUGGAAUGAUUUGUUUUCCAGUCCAGGAUUUGCUAUCUAAUGAUGAGUAUGAGGGUGGAUGUAUACUCGGUAACCUUUUAGAGGCUACACUUUUUUGAGAUUUAAUCAUGGAUAUUUUUUAGACAAGUUUUGGAAAUGUAUUGUGCCCUCAAUGAUAAUGUUUAGCAAAAAUAACUUAGUUGAAAACUGAAAAGUUAAGUAAAAAUUGAAAAGUAUUUUUUUAA